AGUGCAUGGGUGGUCUCGUAUGGAGGGGAACACCUUACUAGUGGAAGUCUUGUACGUUUGGAGGUGGUGACGUAGGCAAGGUUUUGCUUAAAAAAUGUAAUAAUCGUAUUGUGUUAUGACAAACAAUAAUACAAUUAAAUUAAACUGCAGAAUGAAGGUGUUAUUUUUGGGGGGGGGGGAAGGGUAGUUUAAAUAACAGGUUUUGAUUUUUAAUAAUUUGUAAACUCCCAAUGAGGUGUGUUUUAGAUAUGGACCAGGUGGUCAGUCUGUGUAAUCGUCAUUUUGUGUUUGUCUCAAGGUGCAAAUGAACUGGCUGUGACGAAAGCCAAGGCAGAAAUCACCAGGUUGAUCAAGGAAGAGCUCAUCAGACUACAAAAUUCUUACCAGCCGACGAGCAAAGGGAGAUACAAGGUGUUGUAAAGAACAACGUAUCCCCCGGGAGUUCAGCAACGCGGCUUCAUCUUCCACCACUUCACUUCAAUUCGAUGUUGCAUUUGUUUCGGCACAUUUUACACAUUUUUAUAAUGAUCCCUUCAAUUGCAGUAUAUUGUUAAAAUUGUCCCGUUUGCUUUUUUCUUGUCUUGAGGCUGUUUAACUUUUGUGUUCAGUGAUGUUUUAUCCAACCAGAUAUUGAUUAAAUUUAACAUUUUACUUUGCAAUUUCUCAAAUUGCAAUAAGUUCAGGUCAAUGUAAUUGUCUGCAAUUCUUUGCUGAAUGUAAGAUAUUUUUUUUAAUUUCCUGUAUAAUAGAAGUUUGGCUGUCUUCCGUAGGCUACAUUUUACUGGUCAUGCAACAUUGUCAAUGUAUGGUGAAAAUCCAAUGUUUUUACUUUCCCCAAAAAUAAAAGUGAUUUAAAAAAAAAUAAUAAUCUAUUCCUAGUUCAACCAAGCCUCUCUCUGUUGAAUAACAAAGAAAUCCUGAAAAUAUGAUUCAUUCUGGUUUUCUAAAAUAAAUUAUUUAUAAGAUUUCCUUUUUGUAUGACGGGAAUAGGUAUUAAUGUUUAAAGGGCAGGGUGGGAACACACCAAAUCAAUUGUUAAAGCUCGAUUGGUUUCGGCAUUGAGGAACAAUAAUCACUUUGACUCGUUGUCAAAUAUCUGAUAUUUGUUCAUUUUGAUAUGAACAAAUUAUUACGGCUCCGAUGUGAAAGUGGUUUUGGAGGAAAGUGUUAAAUCGCAUCUGUUCAUCUGCGCAUGCUCAGAAGGUCUUCCCAUCUUAUUAAUUUUUAAUGGGAAAUGGCUGCGUUCCUUAUCCAGAUCUCCGCUGCAUGGAAAUCCCACAUAAAUACGCCUUUCAUUUCAGUAUACAGCAAACCGAUAUUGUAAUAAUUCAAUCCGGGAAGGUGAAUCGGGAUCCUUUGUGAGAAAUGAAUGGAGUCAUGCUUUGAAGGAUGAAAGAUCUGUCCUUUUUGUUUUUAACCCUCUGCUUCCCGUGAUCCACAAACAAUCGAGACGAUGAUGCGGCAGGUGACCACCAGUGACUUCUGCAUGAGCGGCCGGCCGUCCUGCCUGGCGGAGGACUCCCACCACCCCGCCUCCCACUUUGAGCUCUGCGCCUCCCAGUCCAACAAGUUCUACCCCUCCCCGCACCCGCCCUCGCUGCAGAUGGGCCUGGGGCCCAUGCCGCCGCUGGCCCCCCAGAGCUCACACAAACCCCUCGCCUGCCACAGGCUGGACGCCCUGGGAGACCCCCGCUCGCCGGGACCCCCGCAGGGCUCGGGCAUGGGCAUGGGCAAGGCCGGCGCCGAGCCGCAGCCGCAGGACCUGAAGAAGAAGAAGCCCCCCGGGGGGAAGUCGGGCCGGCGCGGGCGGCCCGCCGGGACCACCAAGCUGGCGGGGUACCGGACCAGCACGGGGCGGCCCCUGGGGACCACGCGGGCGGCGGGCUUCAAGACCAGCCCAGGCCGGCCGCUGGGCACCACCAAGGCAGCGGGGUACAAGGUGAGCCCCGGGCGCCCCCCCGGCAGCAUCAAGAGCCUGUCGCGCCUCAACAAACUAGCCUACGGCACGUGCAGCGGCGCGGCCUUCCCCUACCCGCUGCCCCAUAAGGACAGCCUGUGUGAACCCUCCUGCAAGGACAAGGUAGCUAAUGAUUAACCCCCCUGGCCCUCACCCCACCUGGGUGUUGUCCCGUCAGAGCGGUCUUCUCCCCCGGCCCCUCACCCCACCCUGGGCUUUGUCCCGUCAGAGAGCCCUUCUCCCCCGGCCCCUCACCCCACCCUGGGCUUUGUCCCGUCAGAGAGCCCUUCUCCCCCGGCCCCUCACCUCCUCGGGGGGGCAGUCCCGUCAGUGAGCCCUUCUCAUCGGCUCUACUUUGAGAGAUGCAUGCUAUAGUUCUGCUGUCAGAAACGGACCAUGAUUGUACAUUUGUGCCAGUCUGAGAAAAGGAAGUGUGCCGUUGCUGUUGUGUUUUUUUAUAACUGUAUUUGUGUCGUUAUAUGUGUGUGUGCUCUGGUCAUGUGACCAUCAGGAUCUCAUUUCACCGUUGAAUCUAUCAGCGUCAAAAGACGAUUGGUUUUAAAUUCACCUUGGAAAUAUUUGAAUAUCUGAUCGUGCAGCCAUUAAAACUUAAUUUGGUCGGUUGAUAUGACAUCAACUGCUGUGUGACACCAUCUGUCAGUGGCUGGCUCUGCUGAGCAUGCUGCUACUCAGCAACCAGUCCAGUUUAAGCAAGUAUUUUCCAUGUUGUCGUUGUUAAUGUUGUUUCCACACGGCCUUCUAAUUCUAGCGGUUGUUUCUGUAGGUCUGAAUACAGCAACACUCAUUCAUUACCUGAACCUGAAUAUAAAUAGACUUCCACAUUCUAUAGGGGUUCUAUUUUCAAUUACCUAACUUUUCAACAAUGGUCCCACUAUAUUUAUUGUUCCGUAUGCAGUUUUGCAUCACAUUAAUUUAUACAAAAAUCGAAAAAAGUGUGAAUCUAACAAGCAUGACUUCAUCAUGAAAUGCUGUUUGGCUAGGGGUUGAGGACAAGGAGCUAUUGGCAUGUAUUUAGAGUAUUGUCCAACAGUAUUAAGACUUGAUAUACUUAACCAGGUAUUUAACCCCUUCUUCCCAACACUUUUGUUGGAGAAAAGGACUAUGCCAAACAUUUUCAUGAAUCAUUGAGGAGACAAGUGGCAGCAUUCUGCUUUAAGAGAAGCCCUAAACACGAAACUCCAUCCCCAUCAUUUGUAAAUAUUUAAUUGUUUCUUUUUACUUUUGUUUCUAGACAAUUGCAAUAUUAUAAUUCUGAUGUUUUUUGUUUUAAAUUUUUGUAUAAUAUUUCAUAGAGUAUUAUGAAGGCAUGUCUCACAUUCUGCCACCCUAUCUAUUCUAAGGUUGGAAAUUGCUGUAUAUUAAUUAUCUACCCUGAAGCAUUUUCUGGCAAACGUCAUUGUCAGGUUUGAAACAUGUUUUCACUAAGUUAUGGCUCAACCCUUUUUCAAACGCUCAUUUAAGGAGAACAGAUAAGAGAUUUAAAGUUGUUAAAGUGGAAGCAAAUAUGUGUAUGGUUGGCUCUAUGUGGUGACAUAAUUAUUUUAUAUCGUUGUACUUAGAUUAUUAUUUUGUUGCGUGUGUGUGUGUGUGUGUGUGCGCGCGCUUGCGUGUGUGUGUUAAUUUGUGUGUGCGUGUGUGUGUGUGUAUACAAAGCUGUCAACUGCUUAGGUUGAAAUCUGUAGACAUGCUUUUAACCGAUUACGACCCAAAACACCAUUGUCAUCCACCUCUACCAAAGAUUUGUAUCUUUUCUACAAGCUUCUAUAAAUUCUCUGCUAGAGUGUUUUGAUAACUACUACUCAUCUACUGUAUUAUAAUCGUGUGAUUCGGGGGAUACCCAUGUGGCGAAUACAAACGCAGGUCAUUAAGGAGCAUGUGUGGGAGGUUUCAUCUUUUCCAAGGAUGUUUGCAAAAGUAGUCUGGGAACAGCUGGCUAUCAAACCCAGGAGCUAUCAGCCAGGAUCUGAUCUCCUCCCAACCUCCUUCGCACUCCCCCCCCCACACGAUGAAAAGGGUUUUCCGGCCUCUGUUGAACGAAAGCGAAUCUGACCAAGGAACUUGUGUAUGCCAUACUGCGAAUGAAGACGCUUCGUUGUACCAUGAAUAAAUAGCUUGUUUAAAUAGUGUUGUUAAUGCAUUAUAAAUCCAUACCUAGGAGCAAUGUAUGCUUCCACAAUCAAAUCACAAUUUUAUAUUCAAACGUUUUUACUUACGGACACAAUAACAUCUCUUUCUUUUAUGUAACCAAUAUGUAGCUUUAAGUUAUUUACACUGAUGGAAGUUGCUCCUGUUCACAUUACAUGUCACUGACCUUGGCGGGACACUGGUUUGGUUUUAUAUGGUGUCAGCGCUGUACAGCAUAUACAUAUAUAUCCUUUUUUCCCUUUGACUUUUUUCAAUGAUAAAGUAGGCCUAUAACUCAAACGAUAGUGGAUUAUAAGGCUUAAAUCCGUUCCAAAACUUCCAAUUCCCAGCAUCUUCCUUGUUCAUGACAUUGUGAAUCAUGGGAUUCCAUCUCCCCGUCAUACUUCUGGAGAACCCUGACACGUCUAGUGUUAUUCCUCAGUGGGUUGACUUGUUUCACAGGAUCUCCAAAUUUGGUUACAAGACAUAAGUGCUUUUGUGAAUAUAUUUUGUUGCGUCCAACUUUUGUUGAUCUCUUAUGUUGAAUGACCAUACACCUCACACAUAUUCUGUGAGUAACUAAGUUUAAUAGAAAGCCCAUAUAUUUGGAAGUUUUUCAAGGUGUGAUAUCAAAGAGGGACUGCAGUUAAUGGCAACGUUUUUUGAUAUGCCUUUACAAUUUUAAUCCAACACAAUCAAGGGUAAUUAUUGUUUAAAUUAUGAAAUGUUUCAUUGAUUCACUCACCCUUCAGCAAGUUCUACACUUUAAAACAGCAGGUUUUAAAGUGAUUUUGAUUAAGAUGUUACCUCACACUAUUGAGUAUUAUCCGGAGAAGCGAAGCCCUGUGAUUAAUAUAUUGUGUAACACGCUCACAUUUAAUUCUUUGUAUAUUCCCACGUUUUUUUGCAUUUCUUUAUUUCUUGCAUGGUUGUUGUGAAAUGUCUAAAGGUUGUGUAAUAAAUUCUGAAUUAAGACUAA